UCUUGGCUUCUAUGAAACUGCCACCAUUGUUUCCAGUCCAGUCCCCUAUCUUUUUACUGCCAGAAAUGAUGAACCCUCCCUCGUCCUGCUUUUGAUCCACCACGAAUCGUCUGAUACACAAGAAAAUCUGUUUAUAUACUUAGCAUUCAGUGACACACACGCCUUCAAAGCUUAUCAGGCAGCUAGUGAAACUCGUACCAUUUUUGGGUUUGCGAGAGACAGAGAUAUGUCGAAACCCCGGAUCACCAUCACCCUUGGGCGCUCUGGUCAAAGGGUGGUAAAGGGGGCAUCGGUCAAAUCUGCUGGUUCUCGUGCCGAGUCUCAGCCGCUAUCGGGAAGGAAAAGAUCUGCGAGAGAGAUAUUUGAGAGCAAUGCUGAUAAUUCUUCUUCGUUUGCUAAAACGCGGCUUCGAGGGGAUAGAAUUACAAGGAGUGCAGGUGGCAGAGGAUUAAACGAUGCACAGAUUGGCCGAAAUGACCUCCGGUUGAAACUCAUGCGCAAACGAACAUCUAGGAGAAUACAGCGUGAGAUUGAAGAACGUACAAGGAUUGAGCUACGUGAAAAGAUGUCAAGACCUAUCCAAUCUACGGUAGGGCCAGAAAGGGGUCUUUUGAGGAACCUACCCCCUACAAGAGGGAAUGAUGAUUUCCUACCCAUGGACUCAUUAAGAAGAUCUUAUGCUUCUCAGACCUCGGAUGGACUAACUUCUAAAUCCUCAGAUAGAUUUCAGAAAGCUAAUAUAGAGAUGUCACCACCAAGAAAUGUCAAUCAAGUGCACCGAAUGUCAUCAGGCAGGCCAAUUGAUGAUACAAGAACUGGACAACUAAUGUGCAGUGAUCUCUUGCAACCUUCUAGGCCAAAGGAUCCUGCACCUGUGACCAUGAGAGCCACUCUUGAUGCUGGCAAGCCAGCUUCCAAACUUCCACCAGCAGGUCUCAGUGUGCCGAGAAGCUCAUACCAUGGUGAACAACCUCCCACGGUUAGUAGCUUAUUGCACUCACUUGGUUUGGGGAAAUACGCCAUUCAUUUUCAAGCUGAGGAGGUGGACAUGGCCGCACUGAAUCAAAUGGGGGAUCGUGACCUGAAAGAGUUGGGGUUACCAAUGGGACCAAGGAAGAAGAUUCUCCUCGCCAUCUUGUCCUUGUCUAAACGGAAACCAUGAUAACUACAUGCUACAUGAGGCGAACGCAUUGUAGAGUUUUAUGUAAUUGUGGCUGCAAAUCCAGAAUGUAGUUGUACAGGCCAGAAUGCAUCCCUUUUUAAAUCUAAAAAGUCUGGAAAGUUGGCUGUGUUUAUUGUUUCGCAUAUUUGCAGUUGUUUGGGCACUGAAUAUCAGUAACCGUAGAAUUUAUAUAGAGAUGAAGUGGACUACGUUUAUUUUAUAAAAGAAGAUCUUUUAGUGGUUAUGUAUAUAGCUUUAUUAAUUAAAGAUCUAAAAUGUUGCUUCAUUUUGGAAGUGGUGUUUGGAC